UAUAAGAGAGUGAGAGAGUGGGAAAUGUAGACACAUCACCAAGAGAUUGUGAACACAGACAGACUGUAGAGAAAUUCUCUGACUCAGGAAUUUUUUUUUCGUUGGAUAAAAAACAGACGAUUAAACACUCCAACUAGUUUCAUUUUCGGACCAUUUUUGCCAAACUCCUGAAACGUCAUUAGAACACAAGAAAAGUUUAAAGUUUCAGGCUGGAAACAAAGAAACCACUGACAGAAUAUAUAUACAGCUUCCACUAUGUCUGCUGCUAAACCUAACAGUAUAGACACGAAUGCUGGCAAUAUGAACGACUCACAGAAAAAGGUAAAAUACCGCCGGAACCCUGAUAAAAGAAUAUUCGUCAACCGAAGUCUGAAUUUGAACAAGAUCAAGUUCUUUGGAUUUGAUAUGGACUACACAUUGGCAGUGUACAAGUCUCCAGACUACGAAACUCUGUGUUUUGAAGAACUUAAGGAAAGACUUAUUAACAUUGGUUACCCUAAAGCAAUCAAAGACUUUAAAUAUGACCCAUCGUUUCCCGUCAGAGGUUUGUGGUUUGAUAAAAUCUAUGGUAACCUGCUAAAAGUAGACAGUUAUGGAAAUAUUCUGAUCUGUGUUCAUGGCCUCAAAAUUAUGAAACAAAAUGAAAUUGCACGUCUCUAUCCCAACAAAUUUUUACAACUCAAUGACAACCGGUGCUACGUUCUUAACACAUUGUUUAAUUUACCAGAAACUUACAUGCUGGCCUGUAUCGUCGAUUACUUCUCACACCGGAAAGACUAUGAAAAGACGGACACAGGGGUGAAAGCUGAAUAUCUAUAUAUACCUUAUACAUCAAUCUUCCAAGAUGUCAGAGCUUCCAUUGACUGGGUAUAUCUUCAGAGUAAUGUAAAGGAUGAAACUGUCAAAGAUAUAGAAAAAUACAUUGAGCGCAAUGACAGGUUACCUGUCCUACUUGAGCGGAUUCAAGAAUACGGUGCCCAAAACUUGCUCAUCACCAACAGUAACUUUUCAUACACAGACAAAAUUAUGAAAUAUUUACUGGAACCAGUAAAUGAGACAAAGAAACCUGUCAAGAAAUGGACAGAAUAUUUUGACUAUGUUGUUGUGGAUGCCAAAAAGCCAGGGUUCUUCAAAGACGGUACCCUUCUACGCCAAGUUGACCAGGUGACAGAAUCACUAAGUAUCGGAUGUCACGUAGGCCCUAUGAAGAAGGGGCAGAUAUAUUCUGGAGGGUCCUGUUCAGGUUUAUCACAGAUGAUCGGUGCCACAGGUAAAGAUGUAUUAUACAUCGGUGAUCACAUCUACGGAGACAUUCUCAAGUCUAAGAAAGAAAGAGGAUGGAGAACCUUUCUCGUUAUUCCUGAACUCAGGCAUGAAUUGAAAGUAUGGACGGAGAAAAAACACCUGUUUGAGGAAAUUAGUUACCUUGAGGUGGAACUGUCAAGGAUUUACAGAGAUCUUGACAGCAGUUCUCAAGAAAAUCCCAAUAGUCAACACAUUAGGAAUUCCCUGAAGGAAGUUAAAUGUAAAAUGGAUUUAGCAUAUGGUUUCCUGGGAAGCUUAUUCAGAAGUGAUUCACAACAGACUUUCUUUGCUGCUCAAGUGAUGCGAUACGCUGACCUCUACGCAGCAUCAGUCACCAAUCUGCUCUACUACCCAUUUUGCUAUUCAUUCGUUGCACCAAGGAUGUUGAUGUCACAUGAAUCAACAGUGGACCACGAUGACUCCCCACCUGUAGAAGACAACUUUGCAUCAAGGGCACGGACACUGAACCAAAACCAAGACAUGAAAUCCCCAGUUUCCAAAAAAUCUAGGCUGAGUACAAACAUUCCCAACAGCAAAAAUGUUCCGAAUCUAAGAGCUGACACUCCAAAGAAGUUGACUUAUUCCCCUGAUGAUGAUGAUGAUGAUGAUGAUGAUGAUGAUUCUGAUGACAAUUGAGAACUGGGACUAAAAAUCCCCAAAGUUCAUUAAGUGCAAAUCAAAACAAAACAAAAGCUAACCCUUUUUCGAUGUCUUUCCUUUCAAAAUUUGAUCCUUGAUUUCUCUCCAUUGUAUUUUUAAGAUCAUGGCAUCAUUCUAUUUUUACCAUUUCCCAUAGAUUAUUUUCACACAAAGAAUAUUACUGUUUUAUAACAAUAUCUCUAAAUUCUUAAUGUCUUUAGGUAAGUUUAGCAGUGGCAGGGGUCAGUGGAAUUUGGCAGAAAUGGCAGAACACAGGAUAAAAUACCUAUGUUUAGGUAUUUUUAACCUCUAAAUUCAACUCAUAUUGAGGUCAACUUUGCUUUUCACUUUCCUUGGGUCAAUAAAAUAAGUCCUGUAUUUGAUGGUAUAUAAACCACAAUUUUCUUCAAAAAGAAAUCUCAAAAAAUCACCCCUGGGUAUUGUACACAAAGCUGGGCCUAAGUUACAUGGUUUAACCCUUUAGUGUUUAAACCGGCCAUAUCCGGCCAAAAUAUUCUACCUGUUUUAUGUUCAAACUAGUCAGAUAUGGUCAUUCAUAGCUACCUUAUUGUGUCAUUUUGAAAAUAAACAAUCACAUCAUUGAAAUCUCAAAGCCAUGAAAUGAUGCAAGAUUAAUUUUACAUGGUGUGAAUACAUAAGCUUUACAUUUGACAGAAUAAUCUGAAUGCUAAAGGGUUAAUGCAGUAAAGCUGUUUUCUCUUCCUGAAACUGCUCUGUUGAAAUUGGGUUGAGUCUAAUAUGUCCAUGUGUCUUUUAUGCCAUCAAAUAUUGUGGUAAAUCUCUGUUAAAUAUUGGGAUCAAUAUAGUUAAUUGAUAACAUUCUGCUCCAAGACUGUGGCCAUGUGCCCCUCUCAAAAAUCAACAAUAUUUACUGAAAUCUAAGAAGAAAAAAAAAGACACUAUUCCAUUAUGAUGGGUGAGUGGGUGCAUGGGAGUCCUUUCUUAAUUUAAUCUCAUUAACCUGCUGAUUAGGGGUCUAUAGGUAGGUUUUUCUUUCCUUUCACAAAUUUAAUAUUUUACUGUUUGGCAUGUAAUUACUUAAAAACCUCAUGAAUAUUAAUUAAAGUUAGGUCAGCUUAACUGUUAGCAUGCUGUAAAAAAACGUUCAAUGGCCCUUUUCGUUCAUCCCUAUGUCAUGAGUUCAAAUUCCACUGUGGUUGCCUUUGCCUUUGCCUUUCAUCCAUUUGGGGGUCAAUAAAAUAAGUACCAGUUGAACAAGUUUCCCAUUCCCCUGGAAUUCUUGCCUUGUGCCAAAAUCUGAAACCAGUAUUAAUUAAAGCUGACAUUGAGUGGCAGAAUGAAAAAAAAAAAAAUCUGGUGGCGGGGAGGGGGGGGUAAUCAUGUUUUUCUGAAGAA